CUGUGCUGCCGCGCUCGCCUCACGCCGGCGGCGCUGAUCGGGGAAGCGGCACCCUCCGUUCUGCACGCGGGCCGGUGGAGGCGGAGGCAGCGGUGGCUUCAGGCCGCCGAGGCUGCCACCGCUCUGCCCAGCGGGAGCCGGAGCCCGGUGGAGGCGGGCGGUGAUGGAAGUGUGAAGAGGCAGCGGCGGGGCCCGGGGAAUGUGAGGCGGCGCGUGGCGGCGGCGCGGAGCGUGAGAGACGAGCAGAGGUGGGGGCGCUGGAGUGGCGGCUCUCCCACAGCUUCGAGCCCCGUUCCUCAGCCCUCAACGCGGCGUUAGCUUCCCGCCUCAGGUGGGGCGGGUGCCCGUCGACUCUUCAGCCCUUCCACCGCCGCCUCUCGGCCGCCCCGGAGCUGGGUGCCGGGGGAAGGCGUGGAGCUUGGCUCUCUGAUUCAUUCAUUCCCCACCGACGGGAGCUCCAGACCCGCUGUGCCCAGAAGAAAAGAGCGAAGAGGGGGCAGCCUCGAAUGAAGAGCUGGGCGCGAGCCGGGCUCCAUUGUGCUCGGCGGCGGGGGGCGGGAAGGGGCUGAGGGAGGUGGGAUCGGGCCCCCUCCCCCUGCUCCCCGGCGUGCGCUGCGCCCCCAGCCUGCUGCCUGCCUGGAAAUGGCUCCGUUUAUUCUCCUCGGGAGAAUGAAUCGAUCCUGCCCAGCCUUUUCUUCCUCCUCACCACCUUCUUUCUGCUCCGAAUCUUAGGAGGGGAAAAUUUAAAAGACAGAUUCCGAUGUGGAGUGCCGUGCACGUCGCGAGCUGCUGGGUUUGCACUUCCAGGAGAUUUUUCUAUAUAGUUUUUUCUAAUGUGAGCGCAGGGAAGCAGUGGCAUUACUGCUUUUAGGAUUUUUUAUUAAAGUGCACGUCGCGUUGGGUUGCACAGUACACCCCCAGGGACCUGGUGUGGUGGAGAAAUUUGAACCCACAGCCUUAGCACCGAAAAGGCCGAGUUACCAGGCUCUCCCUGAGUGUCGUGGAGGACAUGAGCGAAAUGACCAGCGAACUCAUUUUUUAUAGGACUCGGUGAAGCUGGUUUCUGCGUUUUCCUACAUGUACACUCAUUUUUGUGGAAUAGAGUUGACCGCGAUCUCCUCCACGCAGUAUUUUAACUCUUAAUAAGCAAAUGCCACCUCUGUUUGAACGUUUUGGUAUUGACGAGAGAAAUCAUUUUACCUAAGAGAACUAAUUGAAUUAUCGACAUCAUUGAAAUACCUCCGGAAAAGAAUCUCGGGGGGGAGGUGGAAAGCAACUGCGAAAUAGCAGACGGAGAAAUUCCUUUGGAAGUUAUUCCGUAGCAUAAGAGCAGAAACUUCAGAACAAGUUUUCAUUGGGCAAAAUGGGGGAACAACCUAUCUUCAGCACUCGAGCUCAUGUCUUCCAGAUUGACCCAAACACAAAGAAGAACUGGGUACCCACCAGCAAGCACGCAGUUACUGUGUCUUAUUUUUAUGACAGCACAAGAAAUGUGUAUAGGAUAAUCAGUUUAGAUGGCUCAAAGGCAAUAAUAAAUAGCACCAUCACUCCAAACAUGACAUUUACUAAAACAUCUCAGAAGUUUGGCCAGUGGGCCGAUAGCCGGGCAAACACUGUUUAUGGAUUGGGAUUCUCUUCUGAGCAUCAUCUUUCAAAAUUUGCAGAAAAGUUUCAGGAAUUUAAAGAAGCUGCUCGCCUGGCAAAGGAGAAAUCACAAGAGAAGAUGGAACUUACCAGUACACCUUCACAGGAAUCAGCAGGCGGGGAUCUUCAGUCUCCUUUAACACCCGAAAGUAUCAAUGGGACAGAUGAUGAAAGAACACCUGAUGUGACACAGAACUCAGAGCCAAGGGCUGAACCAACUCAGAAUGCAUUGCCAUUUUCACAUAGUUCAGCAAUCAGCAAACACUGGGAGGCUGAACUGGCUACACUCAAAGGAAAUAAUGCCAAACUCACUGCAGCCCUGUUGGAGUCCACUGCCAAUGUGAAACAAUGGAAACAGCAACUUGCUGCAUAUCAAGAGGAAGCAGAACGUCUGCACAAGCGAGUGACUGAGCUUGAAUGUGUUAGUAGCCAAGCAAAUGCAGUGCAUACCCAUAAGACAGAAUUAAACCAGACAAUACAAGAACUCGAAGAGACAUUGAAAGUAAAGGAAGAGGAAAUAGAAAGAUUAAAACAAGAAAUUGAUAAUGCCAGAGAACUACAAGAACAGAGGGACUCUCUGACUCAGAAACUACAGGAAGUAGAAAUUCGGAACAAAGAUCUGGAGGGACAGCUGUCUGACUUAGAGCAACGUCUGGAGAAGAGUCAGAACGAACAAGAAGCUUUUCGCAAUAACCUGAAGACACUGUUAGAAAUUCUGGAUGGAAAAAUAUUUGAACUAACAGAAUUACGAGAUAACUUGGCCAAGCUACUAGAAUGCAGCUAAGGAAAGUGAAAUUUCAGUGCCAUUGAUUAAAAGAUACACUGUCUCUCUUCAUAGAACUGUUUGGGCUCUGCAUCAAGAUUGCACAAAAAAAAAAAAAAAAAAAAUUUUGAAUAUAACUCCAGGAUGAGGAUCUUUUGAAAAUUGGAAUUGUAUAUUUCAGUGUAAAUUUUAGAAUUCAGCUUGUAGCUAGUUGGGAAAAAAAAAAAGAGAUGAAAAACUUGAACUACAAAUUACCUCCAUGUAUAUUAUUGGCCAUAGUUAACUAGAAAGUUAUAAAUAGACACUUAAUGCAAUUUUUUUUUUUCCAAUAUUAGCCAAUGGGAGAAUUAACAAUGUCUGGGUCACAUCCCCUUUUUGUGUUCAACACAGUGAAGGUUAUCUGCUUUUUAAAUUAAUUUAUUUAUGAUAUCUAGAGCUGUGUUUUGUGCAAAAACUUAGUGAUGAAAGCCCUGUCUUUUGUUGUAAUCUGAAUAAUUUCUCAGGAUAUUUUUGCACUGCUGAAAAGCAGUGCCAUUACCAAUUAAUUCUUGCCAGGAGUGAGAGAGCGCUGCAUCUUUAAUUGAAAGACACUAUAACUGGGUGUAUAGAGUUCUUCCCUUUUUUGUACUGGAAGAUUUUUCACUCUGGUGACUACUCUGGUACACUCUGGUGUUCUCUAAUCUUGUCCGUUGUAUAGUUUACUUUUCCAUAUUGACUCCAUGUAUUUAUGAGAAGAUAUUGUCUCCCAUUUUAUUAUACAUUUUAAAGCCAACUAACAAAGGCAGCUGAGUCCCUCAGAAAUUUUUGUUUUUAAAUUUCUAAUAAAUUUGACACACAGAACUGAAAUACAGCAGUCCGUCAUUGACGGUCUGGUCUAGCAAUGUUAAGUAUAUUUACAGAAAAUAUGCAGUUACAUUUAUUUAUAUAUUUUGCAAGAAAUCUUUUCUGAAAGAUCAACGCAUUUCAAUUUAUGAGUAAUGGUUAUUGGGAAACUGUUUAUUAUAGAUAAUUUUAAGGUGUAUAGCUAUUUUCAAGGGGAUCCAUUUACAUCAAACAGCCAAUCAGAGGACUGUAUCUAAAUUGUGAUCAUGGCAGAUGGAGAUGGAGUCAUGUAUCCUGGCUGGGUCUUCACAUCAACCACAUCUUUAUUCAAACCUCACAAGGCAAUAUUCUGAACUGUUAACUAGGCAUUUCAAAACAGGAAUUACAUCCAACAGGCUCUUUUCAGUGAGCAGGUUUUAAUGUUGUUUUGAUGUAAUUUUAAAAGACUUUUAGCAAACAUGCAUUUCUUUAUAUAUUUCUUUUAUGAGGAUAUUUUAAAAGUAAGCCAAGUUCUGUCUGGUCUGCUUAUGGAGUAGGAAUUGCAUCAGAGUACAUAUAUUCUUGCUGUACAAUGCCUGUCAUGUUGAGGAGGGUUCUUUUUUAAAGUGUAUGCUUGAGUAUUUGACUCUAAAGAGUCAAUAAAUGCACUGACUUUUUGUUUGUACCCCAAAUGAUUGAAUUGUCAAGUACAAAAUUAAGCUAAUUAAUCAAUUUGUAACCAUUUUUUCACUCAUGAAUAGCUACUCAACACUAGAUAAUUUUGUUUUAUAUCUAUGUGUAUGUAUAUAAAUACAUACAUAUUAAUUUAUAUUAGAGUGAAAAAUAAAUGAUUUGUUUCUAAAGUUAGUUUCUAAAGUGAGUUUUCAGGUGUUUCUGAAAAGUUUAUAUCAGACACUUAAUCAUCAUGUAUUAUAUGUGCUAUUAUAUCAUGUAAGUUACCUCCAGCUAUUUUAGGGUAUUUUCCUCACCUAUUUAUUAUAGGGAGAAUAAUUUAGGUACAUAUGCUCAGAGCUAAGAUAUUUCUCUGAUAAAUCAGGUAAUAAAAUUUAUUUGAUGGAUAGAAUUUUGAAGUCAAUGUGAUUUUAUCCAUGAGUUUCAAGUACAAAGAGCACCAGGUUUUAACUUAAAUAAGGGACUAAUACUAGGGAUCAGGGAAUUUAGUUAUGAAGAGUUAAAAAAAAAACUUUAAAAAAAAAAAAAACAGUGUAAGCUGUUGAAAUGGUAAGUGAAUUAUUUUAAUGAUGUAAUAAAAUAUUUUUAAAUUUUGA